AUGGCGCGCCUUUCCACGGAUCCGCGGAAAUGCUCUCAAUCUGACAGUGGUGAAGUGGUAGAUUCUGCCAAAGCGGACUCCUACAGGUUCACACCCAGACCGAUGAUUCAAAAGCCAGCGCGUCUGUGGGAUCGCAAACCAGCAACCCCGGUCGAACCCCGCUCAAAAUCGCAUAAAAUUUGGAAAAGAUUCAACACGACUGCCAAAGCCAUGCAUAGUACAGAACCACAAGCAGCUAUUGAUGUGGACAUGGUUGACGCCGAUCAAGAAGUAUUCUUCGAGGAAAUCAGCCUUGCGAAGUUCUGCGAAAGUUUACGGGGAGUUAAGAGACAGUGUGUGAAGGCCGGUAUUAAAUCAAAUGAAGAUGGCUGGGAAAUUGCAAUUGUGGAAACGAAAUUCGACAGCGAAAUUUUCAUCGGCAAACGCAAACUUAUCGUGAAAGAGGAAUGUGGAGAGAGUUACAAUGCGGCCGAUGAAGACAUUGAGCUCGAUAUUGACGGAGAUUGUGAAACCGCAGAUAGUAUCGAGGAGAGUAUUGAAGAAUAUGAAGAGACACCCACCAAGCCAAUCGACAAUAAACGCUCCAUUUCCCCGUUAUCCGAAUCAAGCGAUAUACUAUCCACCCCGCCUAAGGAAAUGAUAGACACAGCAUUAUUAGCCCCAGCGACAGCCUUUGCUAAGGGUGAAAAUAUUACUGGGUUUAAAAUAUAUGAGGAUGAGGGAAAUAGCCCAAGUGCUUUGGCAGAGGCUUCAGAUCAAGAAACUGAAACUGUUCAUCCAAAAGUUGAGGUGCAUAUUAAAUCUCCCCCGAAUGUACCACCAAUUUUCAAACGAUCAUUUCCCGAUGAAGACGACGACGCAGAGCUUCUUUUCAACUUCGUAUCCGAGGCAAAAGCAAAGCGAUCCGCCAACGGUACGUCUAGAGAAAAAGGUGCAUCAAAGAAGAGGGUGUCGGCAAAUUUCUCGAAAUCACCUCGCAAAGGCGGCCGCCGGGGGUCUAAAGAUCUCCUUAGUUCUAUUGAAAAUGUCGCAGAGGGCGAGAAAGCAGUCCCCCCAGACCCAGAGGUUUCAAUUUCGUCUAAACCCAACGAACAGGAUGAUAAAGAAAAUCAGCCCAAGGUGAAUACCACCGAAGAAGAGCCUUCUACUCCAUCGCCUAGGAGACGCGGGCGUCCUAAGAAAGUCGUUCCUCGAGUUCCAGACGAACUCCCGCUCAAGCGCUCAGACGGCACGGAAUUUGUCUUCAAACAGAGGACAGAGGCGCAGCAACUCGCUCUAGCCACGAAAAGAAAUACCAAGAAAAACAAAGGCGAUUCAAAGUUGCCCAAUAUUGUUUUAAAGACUAUCAAUACUAUGAUCUUUGAAGAAACUAGCUCUCUUUCUCCUGAGUCUUGCGGGAAAACUCGCAAGACGGUAACUUGGGAUGAACAAAAUCUUGUUGCUUUCGCCGAAGAACAGAUCAUUGUAGAAUUUGACUCCCCCGAUGAACUGUCCCCCGGGCGAAGAAGUUCGCGGCGUUUGGCGUCGUUGCCUGCAGCCCCUAGCACUCCACUACGUUCUCCAGUGCCGAGAAAGAUGCGAAAAUUGGGGGCCAAAGCCGCGUCCGUCAACAAAGAUACCCUUGAGUGCAUCCAGGUGAUGACUCCUCCAACGGUUAGUGCUGCCGCUCCAUCUCCCGUCAAGGCAGCGAAGAAAGUAAAGCCACUUCGCCCAAUUAAUGGCACGCCAAUUGCCAAAAGAAAGGCGUCGACUGCUGGAGUGAGAAGGGUUAAGAUUAGGGGAAGUUAA